AUGUCUAACAAGAACUCACAAGUUGAAGAAGAGGGAGGAGAGAAGCCAUUCUCCGAAGCAUUAAAGAGAUUCAAGAGGUCAAGACUCGUGUUCGAACCGUCUCUAGGAGUGUUUGGGUUCUUUUUAGUCGGUUUGUGUCUUGUAUGGAGCUUCUUCUACUUUGAUUAUAGAAGCGUGGUUAAAAGCUAUAACCUUUCUGAUAAAUCAGAUAGAUUCGUUUGGCUCAAACUUGACAACAACAACAACAACAACAAGAGUAUCAUUAGUGUUCCAAACAGAGUUGGGUUUUUGGAAGAGAGUGGAGAUGGGUGUGAUGUGUUUGAUGGAGACUGGGUUUGGGACGAGUCUUAUCCUCUGUAUCAAUCCAAAGAUUGUAGAUUUUUAGAUGGAGGGUUUAGGUGUAGUGAGUUUGGAAGGUCUGAUUUGUUUUAUACUCAUUGGAGAUGGCAACCCAGACACUGUAAUUUGCCUAGGUUUGAUGCUAAACUGAUGUUAGAGAAACUCAGGAACAAGAGGCUAGUGUUUGUUGGAGACUCAAUAGGGAGAAACCAAUGGGAGUCUCUUCUUUGUCUUCUCUCUUCUGCAGUCAAGAACGAGAGUUCGGUUUAUGAAGUUAAUGGAAGUCCCAUCACAAAGCACACAGGGUACUUAGUGUUCAAAUUUAAAGACUACAACUGCACAGUUGAAUACUACAGAUCUCCUUUUUUGGUUCCUCAAGGCAGACCACCGGCUAGAUCUCCCAAGAAUGUUAAGACAACUUUGAAACUAGACACUAUGGAUUGGACUUCUAGUAAAUGGAGAGGUGCAGACAUCUUGGUGUUCAAUACAGGACAUUGGUGGAACUAUGGGAAAACUAUCAGAACGGGAUGCUACUUUCAAGAAGGGAAAAAAGUGAAAAUGAAGAUGAAUGUAGAUGAUGCGUAUAAGCGAGCUAUGGAAACUGUUAUGAAAUGGAUACAAACCGAGGUGGAUUCUAACAAAACUCAAGUCUUCUUCCGAACAUUUGCCCCUGUACAUUUCAGGGGAGGAGAUUGGAGAACGGGGGGAACAUGUCACAUGGAGACAUUGCCAGAGAUUGGAACGUCAUUGGUUUCAGCAGAGACAUGGGAACAGUUAAAGCUCCUCGGAGAUGCCUUAUCACAUUACUCCAACAGAUCAGAGACUGUUGAAAUGAAAGUGUUAAACAUUACAGCAAUGUCUGCUCGAAGAAAAGAUGGUCACCCGUCGCUUUACUAUCUAGGCGCGCUUGGUCCUGCACCGCUUCAUCGCCAAGACUGUAGCCACUGGUGCCUUCCCGGUGUUCCUGACACGUGGAACGAGCUCAUGUAUGCGUUGUUUAUGAAACAAGAAGCUUCUUCUUCUAGAAGAGUCAAGGAAGCAAAGAGUACAGAAAAUGUGACAGUGUCAUGA